AUGAUCAGGAUGCAUUUCUUGCUAUUUUCAGCCCUGAUUGUGUGCGGCAUGUCUACUGAGAAAAUCUUUCAGCCAACUCUAGUGCUGGACAUGGCUAAAGUCCUUCUGGAUAACUACUGCUAUCCUGAAAACCUGGUGGGGAUGCAAGAAGCCAUUGAACAAGCCAUCAAGAGUGGAGAGAUCCUGGACAUCUCAGAUCCUAAAACACUGGCCAGUGUCUUGACAGCUGGAGUGCAGGGUGCUUUGAAUGACCCAAGACUGGUGAUCUCCUAUGAGCCGUUGCCUCAUGCAGCUCCCAAACAAGAAGCUGAGGCUUCCCCCACUCGUGAACAACUGCUGAGUCUUGUUGAGCAUGUGGUCAUGUAUGACAAGCUGGUGGGCAAUGUUGGCUACCUGAGGAUUGAUUAUAUCAUAGGCCAAGAAGUUGUGCAGAAGGUUGGUGCUUUUCUGGUGGACAAGGUGUGGAAGACACUGAUAGACACCUCUGCAUUAGUGAUAGAUCUUCGUUACAGCACUGGAGGACAGAUCUCUGGCCUCCCCUUCAUCAUCUCAUACUUGCAUGAAGCAGACAAGGUGCUGCACGUUGAGACUGUAUAUAAUCGGCCUUCCAAUGCCACCACAGAGAUAUGGACUCUGCCAAAGGUGUUGGGAGAGAGGUACAGCAAGGACAAGGAUGUCAUUGUUUUGAUCAGCCGCCACACCACAGGAGUGGCUGAAGACGUGGCGUACAUCCUCAAGCAUAUGCACAGAGCUAUCACUGUUGGGGAAAAAACAGCUGGAGGCUCACUGGACAUCCAGAAGUUGCGUAUUGGCCCCUCUAAUUUCUAUCUAAUGGUUCCUGUGUCACGAUCUGUGAGCCCCCUGAGUGGAGGUGGGCAGAGCUGGGAAGUGAGUGGGGUGAUGCCAUGUGUGGCUACUGAGGCAGACCAAGCCUUGCAGAAAUCCCUAGACAUCCUGGCAGUACGCAGAGCAGUGCCUGGCACCCUAAGCCGACUCACAGGCAUAUUAAAGGACAAUUACAGUUUAGUGGAGCGGGUGCCAGUGCUGCUGCAGCACCUCACCACCUUUGACUUCUCUUCUGUGCAGUCAGCAGAGGAUCUGGCCACCAAGCUCAACAGUGAGAUGCAGACCUUAUCUGAGGAUCCCCGCCUGCUGGUCCGAAUCAUGAUGCCGGGUGAAGCUGUUAGUCCGCCUGCUGAGAAGCCAGUUGCAGUGGCAGCCAACCUACCCGAUAACGAGCAGCUGCUGCAUGCCUUGGUGGAUACUGUCUUCAAGGUGUCAGUGUUGCCAGGCAAUGUGGGCUACAUGCGCUUUGAUGAGUUUGCUGAUGCUUCUGUGCUGGCUAAGCUGGGACCCUACAUUGUACAUGAAGUAUGGGAGCCCCUCCAAAAUACAGAAAAUUUGAUCAUGGACCUGCGCUACAACCCUGGAGGCCCAUCCUCCUCUGCUGUGCCUCUGCUACUGUCCUAUUUCCAAGAUCCUGCUGCUGGCCCUGUCCACCUCUUCACAACCUACGAUAGGCGCACCAACCACACACAGGAGCACAACAGCCAGGCAGAACUGCUGGGCCAGCCCUAUGGGGCUCAACGUGGCAUCUACCUGCUCACCAGCCACCACACUGCUACAGCUGCUGAGGAGUUCGCUUACCUCAUGCAGUCCCUGGGCCGUGCUACACUGAUCGGUGAGAUCACAGCAGGCAGCCUGUCACACACCCGCACCUUCCCUCUGCUGCAGCCUGAGCAGGGAAUAACUCGUGGCCUGACCAUCACAGUACCUGUCAUCACCUUCGUUGACAACCACGGGGAAAGCUGGAUGGGUGGAGGAGUUGUGCCUGACUCCAUUGUAUUAGCUGAGGAUGCGCUGCAGAAGGCUGAAGAGGUGCUGGCUUUCCACAGGAUUAUGGGGGUACUUGUAGAGGCUACUGGGCAACUCCUAGAGGCUCACUAUGCCAUCCCAGAAGUGGCUGGGAAGGCAAGUGUUAUGCUCAGCACUAAACAGGCCCGAGGAGGUUAUCGGUCAGCUGUAGACUUUGAGACAUUGGCUUCUCAGCUUACCAGUGACUUGCAGGAGGCCUCAGGGGACCAUCGGCUUCACAUCUUCCACAGCCAUGUGGAACCAACCCCAGAAGAACAGCUCCCUAACCUGAUUCCCAGCCCUGAGGAGCUGGGCUAUAUCAUUGAGGCUCUCUUCAAAAUAGAUGUAUUGCCAGGCAACCUGGGCUACCUUCGCUUUGAUAUGAUGGCUGAGGCAGAAACAGUGAAGGCUAUUGGACCCCAGCUGGUGCAGAUGGUAUGGAACAAGCUGGUGGACACAGAUGCCAUGAUCAUUGACAUGCGGUACAACACAGGUGGCUACUCCACUGCCAUCCCAAUCUUUUGUUCCUACUUCUUUGAGCCUGAGCCUCGGCAACACCUCUACACUGUUUUUGAUCGCAGCACCUCCCGCAGCACAGAGGUGUGGACUCUUCCGCAAGUCACUGGCGAGAGAUAUGGCUCCCUCAAGGACAUCUACAUCCUAACAAGCCACAUGAGUGGCUCAGCAGCUGAAGCUUUCACUCGCUCUAUGAAGGAUCUACGCCGGGCCACAGUUAUUGGUGAGCCCACAGUGGGUGGUUCCCUCUCAGUGGGCAUUUAUCGUGUUGGCAACAGCUCCCUGUACGCCUCCAUCCCCAGCCAAGUGGUGCUCAGCCCAGUCACUGGCAAAGUAUGGAGUGUGUCUGGGGUGGAGCCACAUAUCACUAUCCAGGCCAGUGAAGCCAUGGCUGUAGCUCAGCACAUUGCCAACCUGCGUGCACAGGUGCCACAGAUGUUGCAAACUGUGGGGAAGCUUGUAGCAGACAAUUAUGCCUUUGUGGACAUUGGGACUGUUAUAGCAUCCAAGUUUGCCAAGCUCAUCAAUAAAGACAAUUAUAAAAGAAUUAACUCGGAAGAGGAGCUGGCCAGGAAGGUGACUGCUGACUUGCAAGCUCUCUCGGAUGAUGAGCACCUGAAAAUACUCUACAUCCCUGAACACGCCAAGGACAGCAUCCCAGGGAUCAUGCCAAAACAGAUCCCUUCCCCAGAAGCAUUUGAAGAUCUGAUUAAAUUUUCAUUCCACACGAAUGUCUUUGAAAACAACAUUGGCUAUCUGAGAUUCGAUAUGUUUGGAGACUAUGAACUUCUAACCCAGGUGUCCGACCUACUGGUAGAGCAUGUUUGGAAGAAAAUUGUUCAUACAGAUGCAUUAAUCCUAGACUUGAGGUACAAUAUUGGAGGCCCUACCACUUCCAUAGCAAUUCUAUGCUCAUACUUCUUCGAUGAAGGACAGCGACUUCUCUUGGACAAAGUUUACAACAGACCCAGUGACUCAAUUAAGGAAAUACAGACACAGCCACGGCUCAAAGGGGAGAGGUAUGGUUCUCAGAAAGGGCUAAUAAUCCUCACCAGUUCUGUGACAGCUGGGGCUGCAGAGGAGUUUGUGUACAUAAUGAAGAGACUGGGCAGAGCUUUCAUCAUUGGGGAACAGACCAGUGGUGGCUGCCAUUCCCCACAGACGUAUGAAGUAGAUGGAAACAAUCUGUACAUCACCAUCCCCACCUCCAGAUCAGUCAUCUCUGGAGAGAGCACUUCUUGGGAAGGGAAAGGGGUGCCGCCUCACAUGGAAGCACCAGCUGAAACAGCACUCAUCAAAGCAAAGGAGAUACUCAACGCUCACUUGCACAGCUCUAGAUAGCCCAAUGGGGGGACGUGCUUCUAGAAGAAAGGUAGGCUGUAAUUUUCAGUCGAGUCUAAAGGACUUAGGCACUCAGGAGCUGGACUGAUAAAGGGUUUGGGAAUCCAGAGUAGGAUUUACCCAUAAUUUAGAUGACUAAUGCAAAAUUGAGAUCCAGAAAA